CUUCACCUGACGAGCGGCACUAGCAGACUUCAGGAUUCAUUUUUGAGAUUGCAACUAUGGCGGGUCAAAUCCUUUUGCCCGUCCUGCUGAUGGCGAUGAUAGGAGCAGCGGUGUCUUUCACCACUCUCUAUCCCACUGGCGGCACCAACAGUGCCAGAUCGGACGAUGGAAGUUCUCCUGCCAUACGCCUGCAGCGUCCCUUCCUGUACUUCGGACGGUCUCACCGUCGAGUUUAUGUCAACCACAACGGACACCUGACCUUCACACGUCCGCUCAGCAUGUAUGUGCCUCGGAGGUUUCCAACCCAUUCCACCAGAGACAUCGUCGCACCUCUGUGGACAGAUUUGGACAACAGAUGGCGCGGUCGGAUCACCUACUGCCAAUACAACAGAGGCAGCGUCCUGCAGCGAGCUACCACUGACAUACGCCGCUACUUUCGUCGACCGACCUUUAAUGCUCAAAUGGUCUUUGUUGCCACCUGGUAUCAGGUGGCAUACUAUUCAAACACACCAACUAGAACGACUGUUCAAGCUGUGCUGAUCAGUGGCGGCCAACGCUCCUUCAUGCUCUUUAACUACGGAUACAUUGCAUCCACCUCACACUCCAUCCAGGCUGGAUACGACACCAACUCUUCCACUCACCACUUCACCAUCCCGGGUUCAUUCUCCAACCGAGCAUCAGGUCCGCACUCACUCAUCCGAUCAGGAAGCAACGUGAAUGUUCCUGGGCGAUGGGCCUUCCAGACAGACAAUGGACCAAGAGGCUGUACUUACAACGGCGUUGCUGUGCAGCUGGGUGAUUCAUUUUGGACCGACAGGACCUGUUCCCAAAAGUGUACUUGCACUGCGUCUGGCCUGCGGUGUCGGCACCAACCCUGCGCCUUUUCACAAAUCUGCCAACGGGAUGCUUUCCAAUACUCCUGUCAGACAGUGCGGCGGGGCUUUUGCACCAUCAGUGGAGAUCCUCACUAUGUCACGUUUGAUGGCAAGCUGUUCCACUUCCAGGGCACAUGCACUUAUGUUCUGUCCGAGCAGUGUGGCUCUGAUCUGCCCUACUACAGAGUAGAGGGCAAAAAUGAGCACAGAGGCAGCACUCGAGUUUCCUGGACCAGACUUGUCAAAGUCCAUGUCUAUGGCCAGGUUAUUGAGAUUGUGAGAGGUCAUCGUGGUCAGGCUAAGGUUAAUGGAGUCUUCGAAUCCACCCCUCUCUCUCUCAACAAUGGAUCCAUCCAGAUAUAUCAGUCAGGUUUCUCAGUCAUUGUCAGCACUAACUUUGGCCUGGAAGUGUCCUAUGAUGCAAAUCAUUACGUCAAGAUCGGCCUCCCAUACGCCUAUCAGAAUGCAACAUGCGGCCUUUGUGGAAACUUCAACCAGCGACGACAGGACGACUUCCGUACCCGCCAGGGCCAGAUAGUCACCUCUGAUGUGACUUUUGCGAACAGUUGGCGUGCACAAGGAGAUGACGAGGCAGGUUGUGGGAUCCGAUGUGCAGGCCUCGACUGCGCUUCCUGUCCUGUAAGCCGUUCUCAGUUAUACGGCAACGACAACCAAUGUGGUAUCCUUCGAAGCGCAUCAGGACCUUUUGCUGCGUGUCACCAGCAGCUAUCUCCCCAGUCCUUUAUGGAUAACUGCAUUUUCGACCUGUGCAUUGGGGAUGGCUAUCAGCCCAUUUUAUGCCAAGCAUUGAACGUUUAUGCCACUCAGUGUCAGCAGAUUGGAGUUCAGCUACCAAGUUGGAGAAGACGAGGCUUCUGUGAAAUUCCCUGCCCUGAAAACAGUCACUUUGAAUCUCAAGGCUCAGGAUGCCCCAAUACUUGUGCAAGUCCAAAUUCCACACACAACUGCCCUCUUCCUGCCCAGGAGAGCUGUGUUUGUGACGCUGGCUACAUCCUCAGUGGUGGUGCUUGUGUUCCUCAUCGAGAAUGUGGCUGCAGUUUUGUAGGCCACUACUACCGGAAUGACCAAACUGUCCUAGUCGGUGAAAACUGUGAGUGGCGCUGCAGAUGCAGUUAUGGUACCAUGAAUUGUCACCCACAUCGUUGUGGCCCACUUGAGUCAUGUUCCCUGGAGGAGGGAGAAAGAGCAUGCAGACCAAGAGGCUAUCAAACAUGCUGGAUAAGAGGUCCUGGAUCGUACCAAACAUUUGAUGGGCUGCCCUAUCAGUAUCCAGGCGCAUGUCGAUUGACUCUUUCCAAGGUGAUGGGAUUGUCCAGUCAUCCCCACUUCAUGGUGACAGCAGAAAAGGCACCCCGAGGUCAACAAGGCUUUUCAAGACUGUUGAAGUUUGAGGCAUUCGGCAAAAGCAUCGCAAUUGAAAUGUCUGGCACUUCUAGAGUCACGGUUGAUGGUCAGUUUGUCCGAUUACCAUUCAGCCUCCCCAACAGCAGAAUCCAGAUCUACCACAGCAGCGUACACAGUAUCAUUCUGCACACCUCCUUUGGUGUGACAGUGCAGACCGUCUGGCCUCACUUUGUGCGAAUUAAAGCUCCAGCUAUCUACAAUGGAACCCUUGGUGGACUCUGUGGAAACUUCAAUGGUCACCAGAGCGAUGAAUUCCGAACACCAAAUGGGAACCUGGUGAACAGUCCUGUGGAGUUUGGGGACAGUUGGCGUGAUGGCUCAUUGGCUGCUCACUGUGUAGACAAUGUUAACACAACACCAAAUCCAAAUUCCAAUACAAACUGCAGCAUCCUUGCCUCACCACAAGGCCCAUUCACACAAUGCUGGAGGUCCAUUGACCCAGUCCCGCAGGUGCAAACAUGUAGGGACAUUCUCCGCUCAUCUGCUGAUCCAGAAACAACUGUGUGUGAGGUUUUCAGAGAUUAUGUCCUAAUGUGCCAGCAAAGAGGGAUUGAUCUUGGACCCUGGAGGAAUGCAACCAACUGUGAACAAAUAUGCCCAGCCAACAGCCACUAUGAAUCCUGUGGAUCUUCCUGCCCUUCUGCCUGCCCCAGCCUGUCCUUCCCGUAUUCUUGUGACAAUGUGUGUCAAGAGGGUUGCCAGUGUGAUGAUGGCUUUGUCCUCAAUGGUGAUGAGUGCGUGCGACCCUCUUCGUGUGGCUGCUACCACCAAGGGUACUAUCGAGAAGGAGGUGAACAAUUCUGGGAUGGUGAGGAAUGUCAGCGUUCUUGUACCUGCGAUGGCACAACAGGAAUGGUCCACUGCACAAGCGCCUCCUGUGGGCCACAAGAGUCCUGUGGAGUGGUGGAUGGUCGAUAUGGCUGCCAUCCAAAUCCUCACGGUAUAUGCUCUGCCUCUGGUGACCCACACUACCGCACUUUUGAUGGCAAGCGUUACGAUUUCCAAGGAACGUGUCGCUAUGUUCUGGCAAAACCUAUCAACAUCACCCAGGGUCUUCACACAUUUUUGGUGGAGGCUAGAAAUGAACAAUGGCGCACACGUCCUGUGUCAAUCACAUCGGAUGUUUUUGUGACCGUGUGGGGUUUUGAAGUACAUAUUUCAAGAUCAAGGAGGGGUAUGGUUCAGGUCAACGGCGUCACCCAGAACAUGCCAAUACUGCUAAACAGUGGCAGAGUGUCCAUCUAUGCAAGUGGACGCCGUACAUUCAUUGACACUGACUUUGGACUAACGGUUACGUAUGAUGGAUGGACUACUGUGACCAUCUCUGUGCCUUCCAAUUACAGUGGCCAAAUGGGAGGACUCUGUGGAAACUUCAAUGGAAAUCCAAGGGAUGACUUCCAGAGUCCUUCAGGAAUGAGUGUCAGAAGUCCAUCUGAGUUUGGGACAUCCUGGAAAGUACCAAGCAAUGACACCUGUAGUGAUGGCUGUGGAUCCUCCUGUCCACGAUGCAACAAUGUGGCACCAGCUCAAGCCCAAUGUCAACUGAUUCGGGCGGCUGAUGGUCCAUUCAGCUUUUGCCAUGAGGAGGUGGACCCAACACCAUUCUUUAAUGACUGUGUGUUUGAUGUCUGCAUAUCUGGAAAUGAAGGUGGUGAUCAACUGUGCAGAGCCUUUGAGGCAUAUGUCAGUGCAUGCCAGUCUGCCAAUGUACGAGUUUACCCGUGGCGCCAGGACACCCCCUGCCGAAUGGACUGUCCCGCAAACAGCCAUUAUGAGCUCUGCGGUACGGACUGUGCCCACACCUGCGCCAGCAGUACUGAUGCCACCUGCACACAAGUUUGCUCAGAAGGCUGUUUCUGCAAUGAUGGCUUCCUGAAGAGCGGAAGAGACUGUGUUCCAGUUGAAAGAUGCGGUUGCCAGUACGAUGGAUUCUACUAUAAUGCUGGUGACACGUUUUGGACGAAUGGAUGCACUCAACACUGCGAGUGCCAUGCUCCAAAUGAUUUGCGCUGCUCACCUGAGUCAUGCACUCCUGCCCAAGAGUGUGCCAUCCAAGAUGGUGUUCUGGGCUGUUACGACUCAAUGGCUACUUGCAUCGUGUGGGGAGAUCCACACUACUUCUCCUUUGAUGGGGCUGUGUCUCAUUUCCAAGGCACUUGCUCAUAUGUCAUCUCUGAGAGUUUGAGCCACAGGAACAAUGAGACACAUUUCAAGAUUCUCGCCACAAACAAACAUCGUGGCAACAACCGUGUAUCAUUUGUUUCCACUGUUGAUGUUGUCUUGUCCAAUGGAGGAGAGAGUGCAAAUAUCAGUAUUAGAGCCAACAGACAUCUGAAGGUCAAUGACGUUGCUGUAAAUCCUCCCGUCACCGUGGGGAAUCUUGCCAGAGUCAUCAGACAGGGAAGAUACAUCGUAGUCGAUGCAGUUGACCUCAGAGUGCAAUUCGAUGGCCGCAGUACUUUGAUCGUUCGAGUUGGCCAAAACCAUAAAAACAGAGUCACAGGAAUGUGCGGUAACUUCAACGGUGUCACUGCAGACGACAAAGCGAUGCCCAAUGGAAAUCUUGCGGCAAACGACAAUGAAUUUGGAGACAGUUGGAAGGCUGCAACAAGUCUGCCAAGAUGCGGAUCUACUGACGACAGGAGUGGUGGCGGUCUAGAUGACUGCAAGUUCAUUGAGGAGUACUCACAGCUCUGCAGUGUCAUCACCAACACCACUGGUCCCUUCAGAGAUUGCCACAUUCACUCCAACCCUGCCGCGUUCUACAACGCCUGUGUCCAUGACCUGUGUCUCUACACUCCUGCCAACAAAAUGUUGUGUUCGGUUGUCUCCUCCUACGAAGCUGCUUGUUCAGUUUUAGGAUUGGAAAUCGAAGACUGGCGCACACCUUUGCUGUGUGAUGAGACUGAUCCUUGUGAGCACCUGGACUGCGCUGAGUUUGAAUGGUGUGGUGAGAAGGAUGGUGUCUAUGGCUGCCUCUGUGAUGAGGACCACCAUCGAGCCAGAAAUGAGUGCUACGAUUCGGAAAUCACAUGUGUCAGCAGUGCGGGAACCAUGUCUGUGUCUCGCUGUCAGCUGUUUGAAGCCGGCUUCCACUCCGGUUCCCUUCACCUCCACGAUGCCUCCUGCAACGGAACCAUCCAGGACGGACGACUGGUGUUCAACUACAACAAUGAUGAUCAAAUCUGCGGGACAGCUCUCAAGAGCAAUGGAACCCAUUUCAUCUAUGAGAACAUGAUACAAGCUGAUGUGGAUCCUCAUGCUUCUGUGAUCAGUCGUGAAAAGAGGAUCCGUCUUCCCUUCUGCUGUGAAUACCCGCUGAGCCAGGCCCUCUCCAUGUCAGUGGGCAUCAACCCAGUGGAGAGCGUGAUCAACAAGAAGCUUCCACGGGGCCAAGGACAGUACCGGGUCCGGAUGAUCCCUUACCGGGAUGCUACAUUCUGGAAUCCAGUCACCUCUGCGGAGAACGUUGAGAUGCAGAUCAACGAGAGACUUUUUGUUGAGGUGCGAACUGAAGGAGUGGAUGCACGCCAACUCACAACCGUUCUGGACUCAUGCUGGGCCACCCCGGUCAACCAGGCUGACUACCCCAUCCGCUGGGACCUCAUUGUAGACGAGUGUCCAAACACAGAAGAUGGUACCGUUGACCUGAUACAGAAUGGCCGCUCCAGCGCAGCAAGAUUUUCUUUCAGGAUUUUUACCUUCAACGAGGCUGAGUCCAUUUACCUGCACUGCCGAAUGCACCUGUGUCUUGUGAAAGAAGAAGACUGUGAAGCGCACUGCUAUCCCGGCCACCACAACAGAGUUAGAAGAGAAUUGCCUCGUGACAAUUCAGGCAUCUCACUUGGACCGCUCAAGACACGAUCUCGACGACAAGUUCUGAAGAGCAACGCUUCCAGUCACUUCAGCCCACUGGUGAUGCUGCUGGUGGCCACCAUGCUGGCUGUCAAAACCUUAAUGUGAUGUUGUGAACUUACUCACUCAAUAUCCUUGUCAAAAGAUGAUGUGUAAAAAAUAAGAACCUUAAUAAGCACUUUUAUAUGUCAAUUACUUUGUGUCGCUGUAGACUCUGGAUUGUGUUAUGAUGGGUUGGGCUGAAAAAGAAAUUGUCUGCAUUGUUGGGGUGCUUUUGUGUUCGAUAUCGAUACUUUUGGUGUAACUACAAUGCCAUAUGUUAGCCUCCAAGCGGGCCAUCUAUAUCAAGUCAAAAUCCUUUACUAAACAAAGAGACUCAAACAAUGAAGGAGAUCCAGAGUUCUGACUGUUAACUAUGUCUUAAACAUGUAGCUAUAGAGUUUUUCAUUCAUGUCAAAUGUAAAUCAGUGUCCUCUUGAGAGAAUAAAUGAAGAUUUAAACCAAGAA